AUGAAGAACAGAGUGGAAGACCGCCAGUUUCAGAUGCAAUUGUCUAGAAGAUCAACAGUGAGCUGCUCAAAGAUUGGAGGGUCAAUGUCCGUGAACUUGUUGAAUGCAUUCCUGAAGCUUCCCAUGGCACAAUGGAAAAAACUUUUAACAGAAACGUUGGAUUAUCGCAAGCUGUUUGUGUUCUGUACCAUGAUCUUAAAAGCUGCACUUUCGGCCCCUGUUCCCACUGCAACAACUGUAGUGGUCCCUGACAUAAAUGACAAAGGAAAGGAGCUCACAGCAGCAGAAACACAUUAUAUUGGCUUCAGGGGCUGGAAUGGUUACAUCCACCCAUCCCUCUUCUCCAGACGAGGCUAUGGUUGGAGUAGUAGCGGCCUUGGGAAUUGGGGUUCCUAUGGAGGAGGAUGGGGUUCCAAUAGUGGAAGCGGAGGUUUAGACGGCUAUGGUGGACUCGGAGGCUGGGGAGGUUUUGGUGGCUAUAAUGGUUAUGGAACAUAUGGAGGAUGGCCUGGCUAUAUUAAUUAUGGCAGUUACAAUGGUUGGUUAGGAUGA